GAAAAGAAAAUAAGUAAAAUAUGAUUUAAAUUCACUAGUACAUGAUAGAGUAUAUAAGAUAUCAUGUAAUUGAGUAUAUAACAUAACCUGAGGCCUCAACCAAAAAUUUUAAAGCUUUCCGUUGAAUCGGUCUCUUGACAUGGUAUUGAAGCUAACGUGACAAUUAGUCACGGGUUCGAAUCUCAUUAACCCUUGUAGCAUCAAGUAUAAGAAGCUAAGGGAUUGUGUUGCAUUCAAAUUUAUAAUCCAAAGGGCUCUCAUGUGAAGCCUCAACCAUAAUCUUAUGCUUUUAGUUGAUUAGGUUCCUUGAGAGUAGUGCAACAGUGUUAUUGAUUAUCAAUUUUUGGGUGUCUCCUAUUGGUUAAAAUACAGGUAAAGGCCAUAAUGAGCUCUCCAGGGGACUGGUUAUGUGGUGCAUGCCAACAUGUGAACUUUAAGAAGCGAGAAUCAUGCCAGAAGUGUAGCUUUCCAAAGUACGGAAGCCAGGCUGAUAUCCCAUAUUAUGUUUCCAACACAAAAGUAAGCAGGACAGAAGUGUUAGCAGGAGAUUGGUAUUGCCAAAGCAUGAAUUGCGGGGCUCAUAAUUAUGCUAGCCGUACAAGCUGCUUCCGGUGUGGAAAUCUUAAAUGUGAUUAUGGGACAGUUGGUGUUGGCUAUGGAACUUGUGACAUGAUGGGAACUGGGGGAUAUAGCUCAGAACAGCAGCAACAACUCCUUCCUGGGUGGAAAGCUGGUGAUUGGAUUUGCGUCAGACCUGGUUGUGGUUUACACAACUACGCGUGCAGGAUGGAAUGUUACAAGUGCAGAUUACCAAGAGAUUUUGGUGGAGCGAUGUAAUAGAAAGGAGAUUUUAUGGAGGUCACCAUGAUCCGCCUUGGUUUCUACUACAAAUUUCAUGAAACUUAGCACCUAUUAUUAGGGAAUGUUAAAAAAUUUACAAUUCCCUUCUGUCAAUUGUAAUUUUUCUCAUUGUAAGGUGAUAUGAGAUGGUUCAGUGAAGCCCAAAAUAGGCUAUUUUCUAUGUCCAAUUUUGUUUACAUUCUUCUAUCUUGGUUGCUAUUUGUUUGAGAAAUGAUUAAGAACUGUCACCUAAAAUUAGAUUCAGGGAAUCACUUAAGUCAAGUUCAGUUCUCGGGGCACACUUAUCUAGCUUAAGUUACUUCUUUUAGAAGAGAGAAAUUAUUUUUGAGCUCUUUUUGGUAUAAAAUCUUAAAGAAUAGCAGCAUGCAGAUAAGAACCAGAUGCUCUGCUUUAGAGCAUGAACAAAAGGUCCAGUCUAUUCUCUAUUAAUCUUGUGACUUCCAUAGACUAAUUUUGAUGAAUGCAGCAAACCUAAACUUAAUACCAAACACAGAAAUUAAUGACGUGAAACUAAUUAUUAAUGUCACAUAGUUGAAAAAGUGCACUGGCAUGCAUGUUUUGUGAAGAAGUGCAUAUUGAAGAAAUAGAGGAAGUAUAUUUUUGGAUGAUUGAUUUUGAUGUAUUAUUACAUGUGAUGAAUGUACCAGCAACAGGUCAAGCAGCAACCACCCAAAAGUAUAAUACUUAUGCCAAACACAGAAAACUCCUUUAGUAAACUUUUCAGCAAUUGUAUGGAUUCUUGUCUUCUUCUAAGUACUCUGUACUUCUAUAAUCUUAAUAUUUUAUGACUGGGGUAUGUAAAAUGUUUUAUAAGUUCAUAAAUUAUAUUAGAAUAUAUUAAAUUGGUUCGUGAAAUCAUGUGGACAUUUUAUUGCGUGAAAUUGUAAAUGAUGCUUGUCAAUUGGAAACAACCUGCAUAUAUAGGUGAGACCGUGAGAGUCAUGUAAUUACAUUGAGGUAAUCGGAUGUUGUUGUUGUUCACAAGUUCACUAUAAUUAGUAAUAGAUGACUCGUUGUCCACACCUGCAAGUUGCAGUUCAUUACUUGGCCAUUCUUUUCCUAUUUUUCUUAUUUUUUCCUUUUUUGGACAAAUUUAAACCACAAAAAGUAAAUUCAAACUAAAUUAUCAUUUCCCGAAUUGAACUUAUCAUACUGUGAAUAGAAGGUCAAAUUAAAGUCAUUUGUCCAGCUACUGUAUGCCCUAAGGCCCAUAACAUGGAGAAUGCAUUUACAUGCUAUGGUUAGAAUAGAAAUACAGGAGUAGUGUAUAUUAUGUUAUGUGAAAACUUAAAUAAGAUAUUCUACCUAGAUAAACAAAGAAGUAGAGUGGAAUUUUUCUACCAGUAAAAACAUCUAAAGAUAAUCAACAUACCAAAAAUUCAGGAAAGAAUGCCUAUCAGAGUUUACACCUAAGAAUAUAAAACUGAUAUUAAACAAAAAACAAUAGCAUCAGCAGAAAUUGUUGUGAGAGACGGUCAUUAUAAGAAACGCAUUAAAUAUAUGAGCUAAAAGCCGAAUUAAUACAAAUUAAAGAGAAAAUAAGAACAUGGGCUUCUUAUUUUGAGGUCAUCUCUUUGAGAUACGGUCUCUCGCAAGACUAGUUGUAGUAUCAUCAGUGCAUUUGCAAACAUUGGAACUCGUAUCAUAGUUUACAUAAAUUGCAGAAAGUAAAAGAAACUUACUUGUAAGACAAGGAACAAAUAGGGAUCACUGAUCUUACUCCAUACCAUAUUUUAACCUCAGUUGCUGGCCUAGUGAUCUCCUUAUCUUUAUAGAAUCUGAGACACAAACGAGGAUUGAACCUUUGUUAAAGCAUUUGAUCCUCCUCCUCCUCCUCAACCCUUUGGUCUCCAGCACUAAGUGAAAAUACAAUUGUUCCCAUACCUUAUCACUCUCCUUAAUCUCCAUGUCUCCGUUAGUCCAUUGUACAGGUAAUUAUGGUUCAAAAUGCGGUAAUAUGCCUUUGCUUAUACAGUAUAACAUACCAGUCUAGGGUCUUGACAAGUAAAUGAACAUACCAACAGCAUGAUCCAUAGUAGUUUAUUGGACUAUUUUUGUAGCCCCAAUAAAGUUAUAGGAUACCCCUAAAGCAGAGCAAAGGGUAUAAUGGCAUUGACUUUGAUAAAGACACCAUAUAUGAUAAUAUGAAAGUCAUGACAAGUAUUCUGAUGCAACAAAAUGAGCCUAAUACCACUAAGUGGGACCUCGUAUAUGGAUAUAGUGUAUUGGCCUAAUGUAAACAAGUUGAAUACCAAUAAUGAUAAAGAAUUAAUGAUCUAACCAAUCGGUCACAGUGGAAGAUUUCACAAGCCGGGGUUUUGUUAAACCAGAAGAUAUGCACCUUUACCAGCCAGAUAAUGUUUAUUGGCAAAAAUUUACAAUCUGAGUGUUCAAGCAAGUCUGACAAGUCUAAGAGAGUUGAUGCUCUCACACCAAAUGAGCAGAUUCGUGAUACCUAAUCUUAGCUUCAGUUGCAGCAGUAUGGUGAAAUAACCCAGCUAAGAUGAUAAGGCAGGUAAAUAGUCCUAAGAUAUGGAUGAACAUUAGCUUUCUCCUACCAACCUUAUCAACAAACACCAUACUAACACAAGAACUAACCAUGUGAUGACCGGUAAUGAUGCCAGAAAGAUAAAGCAGUUUUUGACGCAAAUUUUGUGAACUGGACAGUUGUAGGACUAGCAUAUAGACAGUGUUUAUGCCCACAGAAAUAAAGUAAGAUCAAUACAAUGUUCUUUCAAACAUAUCAUUUAUUGCGUCGUUUAUAGCUCCCAAUAUAGCGAUGGCUACAAUGGUUUCCUGCAACCUCAAGAUCACAAAUUUUGAUGUUAUAUUAACAUGGAAUCAUGGAUAGUGGUUGAUUUGAGAUUAUGGCUUGACAUAUGCAUCAAGAGUAUUUACAAUCACUAGCAAAAAAAAGCAGAAUAAGCCUUUGAUUUUCUUAGAAAAGGAGACACUUUGAUGGCCAUAAACAAGAGCUAUUUGAAUUCCACUUAAGUUGUUUCUUGAAACAAUAUAAUUUGUCUUUUUCAUUGUGAUCGAAGUGUUUAAUGUCACAAUCUAUACUCCUUUUACUCAGAUGUGGGCUCAUCAUCUUUUUCCUCUAUAAAUCAUCAUCAUCAUGUGAAUGGUUUUGCCCACAAAAUGAACGUUUGACCUAUAACAACCCUGACCUCUCAUUCCUUCCCUCUCUCCCACAGCACCACCAAAACAAAAAUACAAAAAAAGAAAUAUGUAGGAAAGUCUAGUAAUUUUAGUAGAAAAUGGUUAUUAUUUUUGAAAAGUCUUCUGUUUUUUUUUUUUUUUUUUUUUUUUGAAAUCGCAGUUAAUAUAGAUUUUCUCAUUGGAGUCUAAUGGAUCCCAUCUAGCUAUAGUAUGAGCAACAGUAUUACCUGCCCACAAAAUGAACGUUUGACCUAUAACAACCCUGACCUCUCAUUCCUUCCCUCUCUCCCACAGCACCACCAAAACAAAAAUACAAAAAAAGAAAUAUGUAGGAAAGUCUAGUAAUUUUAGUAGAAAAUGGUUAUUAUUUUUGAAAAGUCUUCUGUUUUUUUUUUUUUUUUUUUUUGAAAUCGCAGUUAAUAUAGAUUUUCUCAUUGGAGUCUAAUGGAUCCCAUCUAGCUAUAGUAUGAGCAACAGUAUUACCUGCCCACAAAAUGAACGUUUGACCUAUAACAACCCUGACCUCUCAUUCCUUCCCUCUCUCCCACAGCACCACCAAAACAAAAAUACAAAAAAAGAAAUAUGUAGGAAAGUCUAGUAAUUUUAGUAGAAAAUGGUUAUUAUUUUUGAAAAGUCUUCUGUUUUUUUUUUUUUU